AUGACCACCAAAACCGUCGAGCUGCGACUGUCCGAAUUGGACUACACUGCAACACCCGAGACAGUCGCAGCGGCCCUCGCCAAGGCCGGUGAGUGUCCACCAGAAGCAAUAAAGGUCGGGCAAAUUCGCCCUGACCGCUCGGGCGUAGGUUCGGCGUGGAUUCGCAUGCCGAUUAAAGCGGCUCAGAAGAAGUUGCCUUCUCCGGCUCUGGAAUCCGGGGUUGGGGAGGCGGAGUUCGGGGGGCGAAAGCCCGCUGAUGGAGAUGUAGAGAAGGAGAAAACGGGUGUGAAGCCCAUGGAGGUGGCAGAUGAGUUUGUACGGCCUUUGAGUUUAGACUCGGACUCAACGCCAAAGUCGCAAACAACCGACAGCAGAGGAAGAGGACGCCCGCCCUCAGUCGGCAAAUAUGUCGGCUUGAGGAAGGCUCAGCUCGAGCGGGAUAAGCUCCAGCGCGAGGAGGCGAAGAAGGCCGACAAGGAGCUGGAGGACCGGCUCCAUUUUGUCAAGUCGCCGAUCCUUCCCAAGGCAUCAGAAACCGAAGAUGAGGACCGACCCGUGCUGAGGGAAGACCUAAGACAGUGUGUCCAGGUAGUACGCACAACAGUGAGGAAAUCUGGAAACCUCAAAGGUAUGUCGACCAACCUGAGUCCGCUGCAAUCGCUCGCCUCGAGCGAGGCAAAGUGGCAGGAGAAUUGUGCCCGGCUCGAGGCAAAUAUGAAGACGAUUCAGGAGGAGAACACUGCUCUAAAACGACGCCUCGAAGAGCUGGAGGCGGCCGCCAAAGGGCCGUCAACAGAAGAGAUGCUGGCGAUGGUCGAGGCGAGGGUCCAAGCUCGAAUGGAGUCGAUCCUCAUGGGCCCAGCGCAACGGCCGCCGCUGGCACACGAGAAGACUACUCCCGGGGAUGUCCAACUCCCAGUGAGCGAUGGUUAUGUUAGUGGAACCUACGCCAAGCCGAGGAAGGAGAAAGGAAAAGGGAGGGGAAAAAAGACGGCCCAGCCCACUCAGGCUCCCGCUCCUGCCCCCACUAUCCCCGCUCCCAUUGCUGGGCCUUCCAGCGCUCCGCCGCAAGCCGUAGCGGGCCCUUCUACAGCGGCGGCGUCGACACCCGCGAUGGCGCCAACAACCGCAAGAAGACGAGAGAAGAGCGCCGCGCCUGCAAAGAAGCCGGCACCAGGCUCCAAGCCGAAGAAGGGCGGAAGAAAAGAGCCGGCAAGUCAACCCGCUCCAGAGCCCCGUCCGCUGCCGCCGGCUCCUGCCACAAUGGAGACGCCAUGGGUCGAGGUGGCCAGAAGGAAGAAGAAGGGGAAGUCGACAGCAGCGCCAACAUCCAGCGCGCAGCCGCCGAAACCGACGCGCCAAAAAGAACCAAAACUGCGACCGCCACGUUCUGCGGCCGUGGUAAUCUCGCUGACGCCGGCAGCAGUAGCAAAGGGGAUGACGUACAAGGGCGUCCUCACGGACGCACAGAAUCGCGUGGACCUCACCGGAUUGGAUAUCUCGAGGCUAAAGCCGAAGUUUACGGCCACGGGCGCCCCCAACUGCAGAGCUGCGGCUGACGGAUUGCCUUCUCCGGUUUCGUCCGGAGAGGCGGUGGUCGAAGGGUGCAAGCCCAACGACGAUGACGUAGUGAAGGAGACAACGGGCGCGAUGCCCAUGGAGGUGGCAGCCGAAUUCGCGCGACCUUUGAGCCUGGACACAGACUCGACCGAGAGUGGCUCUACUGUGAGGAGCAAAAAGCUCUGGAGGAGGAAGUCGCACACAAGAAGCAGCUUUUCGCAGCUCAGUCUGACCAGCGACACCGAUGAACCAGCGCCGAAGACGCAGGCGAUUGACGGCAGAGUAAGAGGACGCCCGCCCUCAGUGGGCAAGUACGUCGGCCUCAAGAAAGCGCAGUUGGAGCGCGACAAGCUGCAACGUGAGGCGGCGCGGAAAAGUGCAGAGAAGGAGCUGGAGGACCGGCUGCAAUUUGUCAAGUCGCCGAUCCCUCCCAGAAUGUCAGACACCGAAGAGGACCGUCCAGUGCUUAAGGAAGACCUGCGACAGUGCACCCGCGUAGUUCGCACUAUUGUGAGGAAGUCAGGGAACCUCAAGGGCACUUCCCAGAAAGCGCUAAACUGGGUCACGGACAAAAUACUGAAGUACGUGGAACAGCCUGAGUCCGCUGUCAUCAUGCGCCUGGAGGAGGAAGUAAAGAAGUGGCAAGAACAUAGUGCCCGUCUUGAAGACAAUAUGAAGGCCAUGAAGGAAGAGAAUGCCACCCUAAAACGACGCCUUGAAGACCUGGAGGCGUCCGCAAACAAGCAGUCGACAGAGGAGAUGCUGGCGAUGGUGGAAGCGAGGGUCCAAGCCAGGCUCGAGUCGGCCCUGAUGGGGCCAGCCCAAAGGCCCACCCUCGCCCACGAAGAAGGACCGCCUCUGGGGACACAGAACUCCCCGUGA